CGACCCAUUUCUUUGCCUUCUUAAUUUAACUCUGUUUUACUUCAAUAUUAUCCUGGCUUCUUAAUACAUUCAUUUCCGAAUCGUGGAUGUUAAUCCAAUUUCGGGCUGUUGAUAAACACGCAACCUCAUUAAUUCGUACAAUGAACCCUUUACGUACAAAUCAUCAUUCGAGAACCUGUUAUUGACCUAUCGAGUUUGUUUCCCCACCUUGGCCUUCGUCUAGCAGUUUAGCAGCAGGAGUUAUCAUGAAAUCUACAAUUGUGGCGCUGGUUUUUCUGUCCUUAGCUUCGCUAGAAGGUCUUGCUGCUCAAAGAGAUUAUUCCUGCCAUGAGCCAGUCGAUGUCGCUGUCAUCCUCGACACUUCUUCCUAUUUUGGAUCAGAAAAUUCCCCUCAGCUCAAGUUAUUUGCGAAGAAUUUCAUCAGCUACUUUGAGCUGACAAUCAACGGCCUUAACGCAUUCGUCGGCUUCAUCCCCUACAGCGACAGAAUUGUCGAGAGGAGCGUCAUAAAUUUCCGGUAUUCUACGUCAGCGCAACGACUGAGUCAAAAAAUUGAUCGCCUCAAUUUUGACGGAUCCAGUGGUUCCCGUUUGGACCUGGCAUUGCGAUACGCACGCGAGACGCUUUUCACGAGCCGAAAGGGAUCGAGAUCAUGGGUUCCACACGUGAUUCUAGCCGUAACCGGAAGUGCACAAUACUGGAACCCAGUCCGCAAGGGAGCAAUUAGGGACGAAAUUGCAGAGCUUCGAAAAGCUGGUGUUCGCUUGAUUUUUGCGUCUGUUGAUUCUACGCUGGGUAAGCAGGGAUAUCUGAGGUCUUUGGUGGAUUCACAGGAUGAUCUGUACAUGGUAUCCUACCCCUACCUAUUGUAUGGCAUCUCUGAGAGGAUUACAAAACAAGUCUGUCCAGUUCCAAGUACGCUCGGUUGUCCCGGAAAGGUCGAUAUUGGUUUCAUCGUCGAUUCAUCCGGGAGUAUAACACACUCAGAUUACAACAAGAUGAAAUACUUCAUGUUCUCCAUAGCGAAAGCGGUCAACAUCUCCGAAACCGGAGCACGUGCUGGCAUCGUGAUAUACAGCCAGGCUGCCGAAAUGGUCGUGAAAUUCAACGACCAUACGAGCAUAAACGGAUUCAGAAAUGUUGUGUAUAAUCUCAAGCAUCUCAAGUCUUUCACUCGUAUUGAUUUGGGUCUGCAAGUUGCACAUGCGCAGUUAUUCUCGCCUAUCUAUGGCGGAGCUCGGCCCGAGGUCAAGAAAAUUGCUUUUAUUCUGACUGACGGCAAACAAACGGCAGUUCCAGGAGUCCAGGUAUGUAGUCUCUAUGAAUUGCUCCAAAAAAAGGGAAUUCAUUUCCCUCAAGAACCGGUAGAUAGUGGCGUGAAGACUCUUUCCAUUGGCAUUGGGGCAGCUGUGGAUAAAGAGGAACUUCGGGCGAUGGUUGAGUACGAUGAGGAUGUUAUUACUGCUGAAAAUUUCGACAAACUUAUCAAGAGUAUUCAAAACAUUACACAGCAAACCUGUGAAGAGAUCGCAAUCACGCCUUGCAAGUAUGCUGCUGACAUUGCGUUCGUUUUGGACUCGUCAGAUGACGUGAGCUAUCUUGAUUUCCAAAAGAUAAAAAGCUUUGCAAUUGGCGUUGAAAAACGUUUUAAAAUUUCCGAAUUCGGCAGUAGAUACGUUGUAAUUGUGUACGGAAGUCAGGCUGAAACAGCAGUCAGGAUGAACGGGAUUCAAAAUUCUACAGACUUCGCAAUCACUGUUGGUAACUUGCGGCCUGUUGGUGGUCGGAGAUCUAGUUAUCGAGGUUUGGAAUUGGUGGAAACUACUCUUCAUAACUUCGAUAUCGGCGCAAGACGGCACGCUCCGAAGGUGGUCGUUAUGGUCACGGCUGGUCGCGAGGCCGGCUUUUUGGGCAACGCAAAUCUAUACCAGGUUGCAAAGCGGUUGAGAGACCGGAAUGUCGUCGUGAAGAUUGUAGGAAUCGGCAGGAGCUUGAGCCAGAAUGAACUUUUACCACUGGUAGAAUCAUCGGGCGAUCUAUUCCGAAUGAAUUCGUUCAAUGAUUUGAAAGACGAGACACCAGCGGUUUCUGACGGGAUAUGUAAGAGCAUUGAGCCAGCUCAUUGUGACAAGGCCAUGGACAUCGCCUUCAUCUUGGAUUCAUCUGGAAGCAUCAUGAAAGGCGAAUUCUCUGAGUCGAGAAAUUUCGUGCGAGCGAUUUCCGAUACCUUCACGAUCUCUCCUACGAAGGCCCACGUUGCUCUGAUGAUUUACAGCGACGAUGCCCGGAUUAUGGCGAAAUUCAAUGAGAUUCAGUCAAAAGAAGCCUUGCCGACCGCCCUCGAAGACUUACCUCAUCUGAGAGGAAAGACACGAAUUGACUUGGCUUUAAAGCUUGCCUCUGCCUCGUUAUUUACCAGGAAUGGUGGAAUGCGAGCGUCCACGUCAGUGCCAAAGGUUGCCAUCGUGAUCACUGACGGUCGGCAAUCACCGGCGGCCGACGCAAUCCGAUUGGACGAAGCCGCGGCCCCGUUGAUAGUGAGGGAUGUGAAGAUACUUGCAAUUGGUGUGGGUGAUAGAAUUGAUCGUAGUGAGUUGGUGAUGAUGGUGAAAUCAUCCGAGAUGGCAUUCUGGGGUAGCAGUUAUCAAGCUUUACGGGUGCAAUUGGCCGCGAUUGCACGAGAGAUAUGCACUGGCAUAUAAAGAUUUAACAUUUAAUGAACACCUAAUCUAGCUGCAUCACAUCAGCAAGAACAAGGAAGUUUCUUUUGUCUGUGAGUUCUCGACCAGAGGAUGUGGUUUUAAAACAAAGAAAACUUCCCUGUUCACUCAGAUCCGGAAAGCUUAAAAAAUAGCUAUUUCCCUGAGUAAAACAAUAUAACCAGGGAGUAGCG